AUGCCAAUUUUGACAUUUCCUUCUACUCCGCAUUGCAUUCGUUUACUGUUUUCAUUUCUGGAUUUUUCGUAAUUUAUUGUGAGUUUUGAUCAAACAAUUAACAAUAUAUUUAGCGUGUGAAAAGUGUUGGUUGUAAAGCUUUUCUGCAAAACGAAAGUCACUAAGAUUAAUAAUGGCGCCGACCAUUAUUAAUACAACAUCCAAUGCGGAAAAACGACCUGUUAGGGCCACUGAGCGCAAAUCCGAAUUAAUAUGUCGUGUGAAAUAUGGCAACAGCCUGCCUGACAUACCAUUCGACUUGAAAUUCCUGCAGUAUCCGUUUGACAGCAAUCGCUUUGUGCAAUACAAUCCUACAUCCCUGGAACGCAACUACAAAUAUGAAGUGCUUACCGAACAUGACUUGGGUGUGACAAUCGAUUUAAUAAAUCGUGAUCUAUAUCAAGCCGAUCCAUAUGCUCAACUUGACCCAGCCGAUGAAAAGUUAUUGGAAGAAGAUGUGCACACACCACAUGACUCCAUGCGUUCGCGUCAGCAUUCACGCAGUGUUUCAUGGUUGCGUAAGUCGGAAUAUAUUUCGACAGAACAGACACGGUUCCAACCGCAAAAUCUUGAGAAUAUUGAAGCCAAGGUGGGUUACAAUGUAAAGAAGUCUUUGCGUGAAGAAACACUCUACCUUGACCGUGAUGCACAAAUUAAAGCUAUUGAGAAAACAUUUGGUGACUCCAAACAUGAAAUCAGCAAACAUUACUCCAAACCAAAUGUGGUACCAGUGGAAAUAUUGCCUGUGUAUCCAGAUUUCAAGAAUUGGAAAUACCCAUGUGCACAAGUUAUUUUCGAUAGCGAUCCAGCGCCUGCUGGCAAGAAUGUACCGGCUCAAUUGGAAGAAAUGUCUCAAGCUAUGAUUCGUGGUGUGAUGGACGAAAGUGGCGAGCAAUUCGUUGCCUAUUUCUUACCAACUGAAGAGACUUUGGACAAGAGACGCAAUGAUUUUGCUGAAAAUGUUUUGUACAAAGAUGAGGAAGAUUAUGAGUAUAAAAUUGCGCGCGAAUACAACUGGAAUGUCAAAAGUAAAGCAUCUAAGGGUUACGAAGAAAACUACUUUUUUGUUGUACGACAAGAUGGUGUAUUCUAUAAUGAAUUGGAGACACGUGUGCGUCUAAAUAAGCGACGUGUCAAAACUGGACAACAACCUAGCAAUACUAAAUUGGUGGUGAAACAUCGUCCAUUGGAUGCCAAUGAACAUCGCAUGCAACGUUACCGAGAAAAACAACUGGAACCAGCAGGCGAUGAGGAGGAUGAAGAAAUAGAAGAAGACGAAGACGAGGAGGAAGAGAUGGCACCAACUAAGCAAGCCACAAGUGAAAACAAUACUAAUAAAGGCGGUGAUGCUGAUGAUGGAGACGAAUCGGAACAUGACAACGCAGAAGCUGCACAAAAAGCAAAAGAUCGUCAGUCGCGCUCCCGUUCUAAAUCGCAUGCGAAAUCUAAGUCUCGUUCACGAUCACGUUCUAGUUCUGGCUCACGCUCAGGCUCUGGUUCACGUGCUUCACGUUCGCGUUCUCGCUCCAAAUCGGGUAGUCGUAGUCGUAGCGGUUCUCGAUCCACCGCUCAUUCUCGUUCACGAUCGCGUACUGCAUCCAAAUCUCCAUCACGUUCUCGCUCAGCUACACCAGCCGGUUCGCAUAAAUCUGGUUCAAAAUCACGUUCCGCGUCACCCACUUCACGUUCACCUUCGCGCUCAGUUAGUCGAUCUCGAUCCGGUUCACGUUCUCAUUCUGGUUCGCGUUCACCAUCGAAAACUCCAGCACGUUCACGCUCUCGUUCGGGCUCGAGAUCAGGCAGUGCUUCUGCUUCACGUUCUGGUUCAGCAUCACGUACGCCUUCCCGCUCAGGCAGCGCAACCCCAAGUGGUUCUGAUAGCGGUUCUGGCAGUGGCUCGGAAGCAGAAGAUUAAACACAACUCGAAAAAAAAACAUUAUGAAAGAUGUAGUUUCCGAUACAAAUAUGUGUGUUUCAAUUUCAAAAAUCAUCAAAUAGUAUUUGAAAAUAAAAAGCUGUAAUUAAUAGAGAAUGUUUUACAAAUAUAAUGGCGCCAAUGCAGAUUUGAGUUGAUGAAGUAUUAAGAUGGUGAAAAAUCUAUGGAAACGACCGAUGGUUGCAUAACAACGCUUGUAGUUUCCGAAACCGAAGAAUGUGGAGUAGACAUAGGCAUAUCUGUGAAUAAGAAAUUUCUUAAAUUGAGCAGAAGUGGUAUCUUCGAUAGUCGUACCUCGUGAGGAGGAUGUCUCCGAUAUGUCACUACGCCAUGAAGCAAAGCUGCGUGUCUUCUGCAACAUAUGUGGCAUCUUAAGACCUUUCUCCAACAUUAUUCGUAUCAUUUUGGGGCCGAUUUCGUCAUCAUUCUCCGCCAUGUCAGCAAGUUGGUUAAGUGCGCUCGAGUUACGAUAUUCGAACUCACGCAAAUCCAAUUCACGUUCAUAGGCCUCGAUGAACUCUUUGCC